AGGAGGGUUUCUCGCUCACUCUUGUUACCAAUGACGACAAUGUUACGCUGCCAAACAGCCCAGUCGUGGUCUCCAUCACUGACAGAAGCUCUGUGACUGUUAAAUUCGACAUAACAGGAUAUGUGGUGCCAGAGGGAGGAUCUGUGGAUGUUGUAUUGAAUGUGAAUGGUGGAACUCUAGAGAGAGAUCGUCGUUCAAUUGACUGUUGAUGAUGGGACAACUGAAGGGGCUAACUAUACUGCACUGCCUGCUACUGUGGUGUUGACUGCUGGUACUACAAGCAGUACUGUGACGUUCACAGCCGCUAAUGACAGUCGGGUGGAGGGGGGAGAAAUUGUUCAGUUGACACUUGGGUCGUUAGACAGGGCUGUGAUGAUAUUACCCAGCUCUAGUGUGGCUAUCACAGACACUACUAGUGAGCUGUCACUGAAGAUACUUACAUACUUUGCCACUAUCAGAUUCUCUGAGCUCAUGUACAGCGUGAUGGAAGGAAAUCAACUCAGUUUUAUGACUGAAGUUGAGUCUCAAGUGACUCUAGCCAGAGAGGUGGAGGUGACUGUCACACUAAUGGAUGGAACUGCCAUUGCCCCUGGUGACUAUAUGGCGGGACCAAUGACGCUGACACUGACAGGCAGUGGUGGCACUGCGAUGGUUAAUAUUGUGAAUGAUACAUUUCCUGAGGUUGAUGAAAUGUUUGAUAUGAUGCUGAGUUCAAAUGAUCCCUCCGUGUCAAUUGUCGAGGACACAGCAACUGUCACCAUUAAUGACUCUGGAGAGCUUUUCCCCCUAUUGUACAGUCCUUAUAUUCGUGGGACAAACAAAUACAAACUUUCUAGCCUCACAUGUACUUGA